AUUCCCGGUAUCUUCAUAUUUUGUACGAAGAAAGGGCGAAGAAUAUUGUUUUAAUAAUAGUCGAAAGGAUAAAUCUCCAUUUAACAUCCAAUAUGACAACAAAUAUGCAAGAAGAAUUACCUGAGUGCCCAUUGUGCAUGGAGGCUUUUGAAGUGGAUGAUUUGAGUUUUAUCCCUUGCACUUGUGGCUAUCAGAUAUGUAGAUUUUGCUGGCAUAGGAUAAGAACGAAUGAAAGUGGCUUAUGUCCUGCUUGCAGAAAGCCUUACCCUGAAGAUCCAGCACAAUUCAAACCACUGACAGAAGAUGAAAUACACAACAUCAAGCGGGACAGGAGACAAAAAGAAUCUCAAAGAAAACAGAAAUCAGCUGAGAAUAGAAAACAUCUGGCUAAUGUCAGGGUCGUACAGAAGAAUCUGGUGUUCGUUGUGGGUCUUUCCCAAAGACUGGCUGACGCUGAAGUUUUGAAAAGGCACGAGUACUUUGGUAAGUUUGGAAAAAUACACAAAGUAGUCAUCAACCAAAGUACUUCUUACAUUGGAUCUCAGGGUCCGAGCGCAAGUGCUUACGUCACAUACCUACGGCCUGAGGAUGCGCUCCAUGCCAUUCUUGUCGUCAACAACCUACAAGUUGACAACAGAACAUUAAAAGCCUCCCUCGGUACAACCAAAUAUUGCAGCCACUUUCUCAAAGGCACACAGUGCACCAAAACUGACUGCAUGUACCUUCAUGAUCUCGGAGAUGAGGCAGCCAGUUUCUCAAAGGAAGACAUACAACAAGGGAAGCAUUUACAAUAUGAACAGAAAUUAAUUGAGCAAUAUUCUCAAAACCCUCCCGCGACGGAAAGCAUAAGGAUAUCGAAUAGCAAAUCAAAAAGUCCCAGCCCAAGCUCAAGUGAUCAGACAUCUCCGAGUCGUCUGACGAUAUUUUCUCCUGACGUCGCAGACUUAUCACUUAUCCAUAAAUCCUCUUCGUGUACUGAGACACCUGACACAAAUACAACAACAUCACCACUAACAACAACUUCAACUACGGCAACAUCAACUACAGCAUCAUCAACAACUUCAAAUGUAAACGCCCAUGUUCAUAAUGGAUUACUUGACAACAUCGAUUACAUUGAGAACAGCAACAGAAUCCAGUUGCUCGAUGACUUAGCAAACUCAACCACAUCAACAUCAACAACAGCAUCUUCCAUCGUAGAAACACAAGUGAAAUCAUAUACAACAGCAAACAACAACACAGCGAGCGAGGCAGUUGAACCUACAACAACAACAACAACAUCAGACGAACAACCACAGCAACAUGGUUUCCUACUUUCAAAUGUUGACUCCUCAUCACCAACAAAUGAAAAUGCGAACACUUUAGAUGGUGAUCCAAAUUGCAAGGAUGAUAAUGAAGAUGAGGAUAGUGAUGACGACAACGAAGAUGAUUUAGGGUUUGACCCAUGGGAUGUCUGCUCGAAAGGGCUGGCUGACAUGAUGGAAAAGGAGAAGAUGCUUCAAAACUUGAACAUUUUUGAUAGAACGCACAUGCCUGCAGUCAACAAGAUGAAUGCCAUGAACCAGAAUGCACUCACUGCAACACAGGCAAUCCCAAAUAAUUACAAUCAUCACAAUGCUUCUCUCUUUAAUUCAUUCCAAACGUCAACACAGCAACCUUCUUAUGCACAGCAGCCGCAUCAGCAACAGCAGCAACUUCAUUGGGGCACGAUCAACGGAAAAUCUUUCUAUCAGAUUCGACACAACAGCAGUGGCAGCAAACUUAUCGACUUCAUGUCCUCAAGCAAGUCCUACAACAAUGACGAUUCAGUGUUAAAUUCUGAAUGUGCUGUGAGUCAGGAUUGGCAAGACAACUUGAAGGCACUCCUACCAAACAUAAACAUCAGCUUCUCUCCAUCACAAACGUCAGCUGCUGGUACACUCCAACAACAGCAGCAGCAAAUGAGGAGGAACCAUGUACACGCAGGUGGCAUCACAAUACAUCCAGCACAAAAUGGUUUCAAUUCAUAUCAUAACUUGCUGCACUCUCAAGACAAUACAGACUGGUUAAACAGUGGAGGCAGCAUGUUGAACACAAAUCAGAGCAUCACAUCAGACCCUGCCAUCAUCAGCACCGGGGUUGUUACAGAUGGCAUGUCUAUUCCCAGAUGGAUGGACCAGUACAGCGACCUGGCUGCUGAUGCAUCGUGCCACAUCCAACACCACAACCAUCUUCAGUACCGACAGCAGAACAAUCAUUACCACAAUUAUGGAAUGCACACUGAACCGCAAUCGAGUUCAAGUUGGGUGCAGCAGCAUACAUCCAGGUACCCUCCACCUGGCUUUGCAUCGAGCAGGCAACACACUGAAGCAGCAUCUGAACAUCGUCUACCAGCCAUCUAACCAACAUCGUGGUCCUCAUCAUUUUUUAAAUUAACCAUUAAUAUUCUAUCAAUUUAAUGUGUGUGAAGAAAAUUGAUCAAAACGUCAGAACAUACCAAGAUUUCAAUUCAACAUAAUUAUGAAAAUAAAAAAUCUUCAAUUUUUCUUUUUUAAAUAGAAAUAAAAUGUAUGUUUUUUAAAUGUU